AUGAAUGGCCCUAAUCAUACCCCUCGUGAAAGUUUCGGUUCCCUGGCUGAUGAGAUGGCCGACAGUGAACGCAGUGAAGUGAUGCAGCUUCGACUAGAAAAUCGCAAACUGCGCGCUCAUCUCGACUCAACAGAAAGCUCAAUAGUCGCAUCAGCCGAACUGGAACAACUCAAAACCGAUCUGGAGGAGCGGGAGAAGCAAUUAUCCGAGAAUCGUGCUGAGCACGAGCUUGUCCAACGACAAACGAAUGCCGAUCGCGAAAAAUUGCGAACAGAGCGGGACGAGUCAGUAAUGUCGCUGAUUGAUGCACGAAAAAAAUUCGCACAAUUCCAGUCUGAAUUUGGCAGGAAAUUCGAACAGGAGGCGCAGACGAAGGUGAUGGAAAUGGAAGCUGAGCUUCAAGAUCUUCGUCGUAAGCUCAGCUCAGCUGAAGAAGAACGUCGACAGACCGAAAAACAGCUUCACCGAGUUUGUGAUGAACAAAAACAGCUUCGUGUGAUAGUUGAUGAACUUCGCGAAGAAAAAGCUAAUGCUGAGACACAAAGUGCCACAAAUGAACGUGCAAGGCGAAGUGCCGAGACCGAAAGGAAUUCACUCAGGGCUCGUAUCGAGGCUUUGGAUGUGGAGUGCGAAGAGUUACGCGAGCGUGCGCGUUGCGCUGAGGAUGCGAAGCGACGAAUGGAAGGAGGCGAGCGACGUCUGGCCGAGUUGCAAACGCGUGUUGGUGACUUGGAAGCAGAGAAUCGAACGCUACAGCAGCAGGUCACGGUUCGCGCGCGCUGUCCCUUGGUGCAUGCGUUGCGGUUAGCGCGCGUGUUGGCUGAUGCUACUUAUGCACGUGCUGCGUACCGCAUACAUAUACCCAAUAAUCAAUUUUUUACUAAGAGUCUUGUUGAUAUGGAGCUCGAAUCACAAAAGACGCAACGCCUUCGAGAAGACCUCGUGUCAGAGAAGUCCAAAUUAGCAGAGCUUGUCAGUCGCUUGCGAAGCGUAUGCGCUGCGGUUGCGCUGAAUGGCGGUAAGAUCGACGCAGAAAUGGAUGAUCAUCAGCUGAUUGAUUCCAUUGACGAUGUGAUAAUGGGCGCUCUAACGGCAGCUAAGCGCGAAGCGGAUGCGUUGCGUCUACAACAACAUACGCAGAUUGCGGAGCUGAAUGAUCUCAAGAGUGACAUCGAGAAGUUGAGGUAUGUAAGAAACUGUUUCCAGGAAAAUAUUUGUGUUAGCGGGCAAGAAUAUAGUUUUAGAUGGGAGGAACUUUGCCAAAAAGCGUAUAAAGGGGAACCCCAAAAAAUUCUUUAGAA